GGAGAACGUUAUUAGGGUACCUGCAGAAAUAAUUAAAGUAAUCCCAGUGUUCGAUGGAGAAACAAGAGCAUUACCAUUAUUUCUUAAAAAAUGUGAAUAUGUUAUACAAUCUUUCCCGGGAGGUAUCGCACAAAAUGAAUAUUUGCUUCACAUUAUAACCAGUAGACUUUCUGGGAAUGCCGCUAAUUUAAUAGGAGAAAGGGAUCCUAUACACACAUGGCAAGAGUUAAAACAGCUUUUAAGCCAACAUUUUGGUGACCCUAGGUCCGAGGAAUGUUUGGCAAUGGAAUUAGAAUCGCUAAAACGUAAUAAAACUGAAAGUUAUUUGGAUUUUUGCCACAAAGUCCAACAGUUAAGAAGUAGUUUGUUUUCAAAAAUAAGUGAGACAAUUGAAGACGCAAACAUACGAGCAGCUAAACACCAUAUCUAUAAUAACACUUCACUGAAUGUUUUUCUUUAUAAUUUGCCAGCUUAUUUAGUUAGGCUAGUGCGUUUGCGAAAUGUCACAACUUUGGAGGAUGCUUUAAAAAUCGUGUUAGAAGAACAAAACUUUCAAACUAUAUACGACACUAGGAAUCCAAGGAUGAAUUCAAACAGAAACCAGAUUAACAACAACACUCCAAAAUUUGACAAUACGCAAAGGCAAUCAAACACACCUGUACCUAAUAGGACAUUCGGUUCAACAAGUACAUUCACGCCUUAUAGCACCAAUGUUUCAAACGGACAAAAUAAUUCAUUCCAAUAUAGAAAUAAUCGUCAACAAACUUCAUAUUCUAAUAAUAGAUUUAGCGACAGUAAUCCUCAACACGUGCCUCGCGUAAAUAGGUCACCGCCAAUGCAGGCGCCGGCGCAGGCGCCCCGUCAGCAAUCUGCUACGGACAAUAGGUAUCGUACAGGCUAUGACGCACAACAACCGGUAGCAUCGGGUUCGAAUACCGAUGUCACUAUGAGAACAGUUAAUUCAAAGCGCGUUAAUUACACAGAAAAUAAUUACGAUGCUCAACAGUAUAAUGACGGUCAAAAUUCUGUCUCGUACUGCGAACCAGUAGAGAAUUUUUACGUGGAAGCCUCAAUUAUAGAGAGAAAAUAAUCUUAAACUAUAAUAAGCAUAAAAAUCUGCCAUAUAUUCACAUACCAGAGCUAGAUGCCGUUUUUAUGAUAGAUACGGGCAGUACCCGAUCAUUUCUUAGUCCACAAAUAGCCAACAAAUUUUACGGAAACUCAAAACGAUUUGAACCAUUCGAAGUAGUUAGUACACACGCCUCAAGCACACAUGAUGAGACAGCUUACAUUAAUCUACCAAAAACUUUUAACAGUAACGAAAAACAUAAAUUUUAUAUUUAUACGGUGGACGAAAGAUACGAUGGUCUAAUAGGCAGUGAUUUAUUAGAUCAAUUAGGAGCUGAUGUUAAUUAUAAAACAAGGAUGUUAGUCACAAACACCGCGCAAAUACCAAUGACAUAUAAAUCAUUUCGAAAAGAAAUCUUCAAUUUACCGCCGCGAACUGAGGUUAGAGUUAAAUUACCAGUUAACUUGCUACAUGGGGAAGGAAUUUUAAAUUUUACUCAGUUUACUAACGGGGUAAGAAUGCCAGCCGCUAUAGUAAAUUGCAUUAACGGUUAUGCUGCAACUGUAAUUCAAAAUACAACUGAUUUACACCAAAAAAUAACAGUGACAGCCCCAUUUCGUGUAGAGUUAUUUAAUCAACAAGCACUUAACAUAAAUUCAAUCAAUUCAAACCAACCGGAAAUUGCACAAGAUGUGGAUGAAUUAUUAGUAAACAACUUAAAUAAACUUAGAUUAGACCAUAUGAACGAGGAAGAAAGAACAAUAAUAGGCAAUUUAUGUAGAGAGUACAAGGAUAUAUUCUAUUGCGAGAAUAUUCCAUUAACCUUCAGUAAUCAAGUUAAGCAUAAAAUUAGGACUAGAAACGAAGACCCCAUUAACUUAAAAGCUCAUAGGUUACCUCAAACUCAAACUCAGGAAAUAAAAAAACAAGUUAGCAAGAUGUUACGCGAUAAUAUAAUUCAAGAAUCACACUCACCAUGGAGUGCUCCAGUUCACCUUGUACCAAAAAAAUUGGAUGCUUCGGGGGAACAAAAAUGGAGAAUGGUCGUAGAUUACAGGCGGCUAAAUGACAUAACUACUGAUGAUAAAUACCCUUUGCCAAACAUCAAUGACCUUUUUGAUAUGUUAGGUAAAAGUAUGUACUUCUCUACGCUAGACCUCGCUAGUGGGUACCAUCAGAUAGAAGUAGAAUCAGAGGAUAAACCUAAAACGGCUUUCAGCACGCCCUUUGGUCAUUACGAAUUCCAUCGUAUGCCUUUUGGGUUAAAAACAGCCCCGGCUACCUACCAAAGAGCAAUGGACAACGUGCUCAGAGGGUUGCAAGGAAUACACUGUUUGGUUUAUUUAGAUGACGUAAUAAUAUUUUCAAAAAGCUUAUCAGAACAUGUAGAUAAAUUAAAAGCCGUGUUUGAGAGAUUUCGCCAAACUAACCUUAAAAUUCAGUUAGAUAAAUCUCAUUUCCUUAGAAAAGAAGUUCUUUACUUAGGACAUACAAUAACCAACGAGGGCCUUAAGCCAAAUAACGAUAAAAUAAAUGCCGUAUUAAAAUAUCCAAUUCCUAAGACAGCAACGGAAAUUAAAAGCUUUCUUGGUCUCAUAGGGUACUACAGGAAGUUCAUUAAAGACUUCGCGAAAAUUACUAGACCUCUUACCGUCUGUCUUAAAAAAGGAAAACAGAUAGUUUUAGAUGAGGAAUAUGUAAACAGUUUUGAAACAUGUAAGAAAUUGCUGACUAACGCACCACUUCUUCAGUUUCCUGACUUCGAUAAGCCAUUUAUUUUGACCACCGAUGCAUCCAACUUUGCAAUAGGUGCAGUAUUAUCACAGGGACCAAUCGGGUCAGAUAAACCUGUAGCAUAUGCUAGUAGAUCUCUAAGUGAUACCGAGAGUAGGUAUAGUACAAUCGAGAAGGAACUCCUAGCCGUCAUCUGGGCCGUUAAGUACUUUAGACCAUAUCUUUACGGUAAAAAGUUUACUAUCUACACAGAUCACAGACCAUUAGCAUGGCUGUACUCACUAAAAGAGCCGAAUAGUAAGCUCACACGUUGGCGAUUAAGACUCGAAGAAUACGAUUUCGAGAUUAAGUAUAAAAAAGGACAGCAAAAUACGAAUGCUGACGCCCUUUCUAGAAUUAGGAUUAAUGCCAUAGAUGAUGAUUUAGACUCUAUAAUAGCAAACAUAGAUGAAAACGAAGAUCGCGUAGCUGAAGUUAGGAGAGAGUUAGAACAAUUAGAGGAAAACGUACAACAAAAUCGUUCAUCGCAACCGGAGGUGAUAGAAAUUUCAGAUUCCGAAAGCGAACAGUCAUCCGAAAUGAUAAAAAUCUCAGAUUCCGAUGAUAAUGCUACAGCGAAUUCCAUUUCAAAUAGAGAACACGAGGGUAUACCAAUUUUAAAAGAAGCCAUCGAUACCAAACCAAAACAAAUCUUGGUUCACACGUGGUUUAAAGAUAAAAUAUGUGUAAAUGAUAAAUCUAACAAAAAACAACGUAUCACAGAAGUAUUUUUGCCCAUUAAUAAUGAAAACUUGGUAAAGGAAUUUCUUAAAGAAUAUGUAGAUACAAAAUACAAAUAUUUUAUUUACUUUGAAAGCCCCGAGUUUAGGAAAACCUUUUCAACAGUAAUUACAAAACUCUACAAAAAGGGAACAUUAAAAUUAAUAGAAUGUACAGAACGCAUAGUUAAUUUGACAGACUCAGAGGUUGAUCAACGCGAUUAUAUCAUAAAAUAUCAUGAAGGGAAAACGUGCCACAGGGGAAUCAACGAAACAUUAAUAAAAUUAAAACGUCAUUACUGGUGGCCAAAUAUGAAAGACACCGUUACUGCCAUCAUAAAUACAUGCGAACAGUGUAAGAAAAUGAAGUACGAAAGAAAACCAAUCAAACCCUGUAUACAAUUAACGCAAACCCAAAACUCACCAUUUCAAGAAGUCUUCAUGGACUUACUUUACAUCGAUAGUAAAUACUAUCUUACAAUAGUAGACGCGUUUAGUAAAUUAGGACAGGCUAUUAAUAUACCAAAUCGUAGCACACCAGAGGUAGUGCAAGCGCUUAUCAAAUAUUUUAGUAUGUAUGGACUUGUCAAGAAAAUCAAUUGCGAUUCAGGUACCGAGUUUAAUAACGAACUAAUAAAGGAGCUGCUAAAGCUUUACAAAAUCGAGCUGCACAUAGGUACUCCAAAUAGCCCCAGCUCAAUGGCAGUUGUCGAACGAUUUCACUCGACGGUUAUCGAAAUCUAUCGUCUAGCUAAAUAUGAAAGAAGUGAUUCAGAUGCAGCUUCCGUAAUGACCUAUGCAAUUAUGGCAUAUAAUAACUCCAUUCAUUCGGCUACUAGUUUUACACCCUUCGAAAUGGUCUUUGGUAAUACGGAUUCGAAUAAUAUAUUCGAUAUCGAUAGAGAACGAAAUCUCACGCAAAAACUUUUACAGGACCAUAGGAAAAGGUUAAAAGUUUUAUAUGAAUACGUAGCAGAAAAACUUCAUAAAGAUAAAGUUAAAGUUAGGGAAAAGAGGGGAGGUGAAGUACCACCCGAAAUCAAAGAAGGUGACGAGAUUUUCAUGAAAAAUACUAGGACUAGAAAGGCAAAAGAUUUACCACGCUUCGAAAAGGCUAAGGUAAUAGGCGAAAUAAGUAGAAAUAUUAUUCCAGUUCAAUUGAAACAAAGGAAAACUAAGGUAGCUAUUAAGAAUGUUAAACGUCCUCCACAGGUUAAGAACCGUAAUCCUGACCCUGAUCGGCUCGACCUACAGCCUGGAACUACAAAGCCUGGAAACAAAUCCGGGAAUAGCACCGAUCAAACUGGGAACAGCAGUGAUGAGGAUUAAUUCAUGGACUAUUUUUAAGACAUUAGACUUAGAAUUACUUAUAAAUAAAGUAGAUGCUAACUUUCAACAGUAUAGUAAACUAAACAUAACUAUUUCAAGCAACAUAGAAUAUAAAAAUCAAUUAGGCAACUUGUGUAAACAAAUAGAAUCAUUUGAAUCUAAAAUAAGACAUAGGAUUAAUCAGAUUUUACCUUUCUCUAGAUCUAAACGAGCAUUAUUUAGUCCUGUAGGCUCACUAAUUAAGGCAAUUUCAGGAAAUCUAGAUGAAACAGACGCAGUACGCUAUGACCUUGAAAUAAGGCAACUUAAAAAUACAGAACAUUCAGUAGAACGUAAAGUAUCUUUGAUGGUGAAUAGCCUAGAUAAAUUUGCCAAUCUUUCAGAAAUUACAAAUUCAAACAUUAAAAAAUUAAGUAAUAAAACCCUUGAAUUAGAAUCAUUGUUAGAAAGAGAAUCCAAAAGAGAUAUCACUUUGUCACUUAUGAAUAACCUGUUUCAAAUUUCCAAUAACUUUCACAUUAUAUACGAUUUUAUCCAAGAAACAGAGACAGCAAUAGCUUUCAGCAAAUUGCAUGUCCUACAUCAGUCUAUAAUAAACUCUACAGAACUUAUUCACAUUCUUUCAGAAAUAACAAAACAUGCUCACCUAAUUUACCCAGUAGAUAGAAUAAACUUAAUUAAAAUAGAACGUAAUAUUAUUCUUAAAUCUUAUAUGGUUAGUAAUAAAUUAGUUUUUGUAUUAGAAGUUCCAUUGAUAGAACCAAAUACGUAUAAUUAUUACAAGGUAAUUCCUAUCCCUAUCCAUAAUCAUAAAACCCUAAAAACGACCACAAUUAUCCCUAAACACCCCUACCUAGUGGUGAACAGGUUGAAAUACAGGCCCGUAGUAAACCCAUGUGAAGAGAUCGAGGACAACAAGUUCCUGUGUUCGAGUGAUGACCUCGUACCCUACGCCACUGAGACCUGCAUAGAACAAAUUAUGAUGCUGAAGGAGAACUACACGAAAUGCCGCCAGAACGUGAUACACAUAGAAAAGGAAAAAAUCCAAAGGAUCACCGAAAACUAUUGGCUGAUAUAUACCGAAAAUAACCUGAUAGUAACAGAAUACUGCAACGAAGAAGUUAACAAACAUACCAUACAAGGAACCUUCUUUCUACAACCGAGGAAACACUGCAAAACAGAAGUAGGAGACAUAUUCAUUCCAACACCCACAAACACCUCAAUGAACGACCUGCAAACGCCGUUCGUACCAUUACCAGAAUUACGACAGCCCAUUAGAGAAGAAGAAAGACGACUAGACCUACAAAAUGUGGACUUCAGCGACAUCAGGGACGUCAUCAACAGUGCCAAGUUCAGCGUGAGCGAAAGCAACAUGGACGACUUCAUUUACGUGGUGAAAAAUAUUAGUGUCUGGACCAUUUUACUAUAUGUUUUCAUUAUUUUAAUCAUUAUUUUUACUUUAUAUAAAUUUAAACCUUAUACAAAGUGUAUAGGACGAAAUUCUCUGAACCCAACUGUGUCGUCUUCAGACAAUUUCUCUCUUGAGGAGGGAGGAGUUAAGGUGGAGCAACCAAUACAAUUAACAUUUGUCAGCACUACCCCUAACUAGGUCUUGACGUCAAUGCUUACUUGUCAAUACUUUAUUAUAAAUAGCUGUUAAGAAUUAGAAUUAAGUUAAUAUUGUAUUAAUUAUUAUCUUGGACGUUACUCUGUUCGAUUAAAAUAAAUUAUUUU